UAAACUGGUCCGAAAACGAAAGUAGAGUUCUCUGUCAUAACAUAUGAGUUUUCAUUGUUGACGUAAAUAUGUUGAGUUUAUUGCAAUGAAAAUUUUAUAUUAAAAUUUCAUUCAAACUAUACAUGUUAAAAUUUUAAGAUUCUGUAACAAUCAUUUCUUAAUGCAAUGUUUUCGAAAUUUUUAAUGGACAAUGUCAAAAUUCCUCUUAAUUUUAAAUUAAAAUUUAGGUAAGAAUUUUUUUAAAAAAGGCCCGAAAUGGACAUCCCUACUCUCCAUUGUAAAUCUGAGACAAAUUGAUUUCAUUGAGAUUUUACAGAAGAUUUUCUUAAAAAUAAUUCCUAUUCCACAUAGAAAUUUAUUUUAAACAAUGUCAGAACCUACUGAUUCGAAACUCGUAAUUCCAUUCAUGCCAUCACUUUUCCACUUUUCUGUGGUAAAAGUAGCUUUAAUAUUGUCCAAACAUAUUGAUGCCAUAACUGGCUUUACACUCUUUAAAGAAAUGAGGCGAUUAGGUCCGAAAAAAUUUCAUGAAGCUAACUAUAACUCUAAGGUAAAUAAAGCAAAGGAAAAGUUACUUAUCGUUCCUGCACAUUUAAGAGAGAAUGUAGUGCAGGCAAUUCUAGGCUUGGAUGCUGCUGUUACAGAAUGGCAUUCGGACCAUGAAGGUUUAUGGCGUUUAAAGAAUAUAGAGGAAAUCUUUCAAUGGAAAUCUGAUGGGGCAAUUGACAGAAUUAAAACAAUGCAGCAAUUGGUUCUAAAAAAAGAUGUUGAUAUCGUUUGGAAGUUUUAUUGGGCAUGCAGUUACUUUUUGGAAGAAAGUAUACAGACUUUGUGGGCAGAAAUGAAGGUAUGCGAUAGAUGGUCAAUACCUGGUAAUCCCUUUACACGAUUUUGGGUUAGAAGGAUGCAAGAUGGAUGUGGGGUUCAAUGGAUAAAGGACAUUCCAGAAUACCUACAGCUUUCUGAAGAAUAUCCCAACUGUACCUUUGGUGCAUUUUUUCCUUUCUUGCAGCUGCAAGAGAGGGAGAAGUUUCUUUCCUCUAUAACAAAGACUACAAAUGAUGAUUUUCUUUUAUGUAUGUAUGGAGCAACUAAAGAAGAAGAAGAGCAAAUAUUAAAGAUGGAGGCUUUCAAACUCCUUGUUGUCUAUUUGAAUUGGCCUCUGCAAAAUUUCUUUCUACAAAUAGUGGAAAAGAUGUGGCCAUUUAUUGAUUAUCCUGUUUUUGAAAAAGUACUACAUACUAUAUUCUCAUACAAAGUGAAGAAGCAAGAUUUCGAUUAUGAACAACUUUUGGUGGAUAUGUUUGCAAAAAGUCCAAAGGACUUCAAAGAAAAGGCAAAUGCAAGCCAAUAUCUCUCUCGCCAAAUUUAUUUCUGUUUUGAAUCAGUAAGGAUGAGGAAAAAACGUUAUAAUGCCAAUUUAAAAUUAAAUUCAAAAAAGAAAAGAAAUUAAUUACAUGCUAACUGGCUGGUAUUGGAUAUGGUGAUAGCUGUUUAACUAACUCUUUUUUUUUUAAAGGAGAUGAAGGAUGCACCGUAGAUAUGGGGUUCAAUGGAUAAAGGAUGCUCAUAAAUACCUUGAUCUUUAUGAACGAUAUCCAACGUAUACCUUCAGUGCAUUCUUUCCGUUCUUGCAGCCACAAGACAGGAAGAAAUUUCUUUCCUCUAUAACAAAGACUACAUCUAAUGAUUUACUUUUCUGUGUGUGUAUGGAGCAAAUAAAGAAGAUAAAGUGUAAAUAUUUAGGACAGAGGCUCCCAAACUCUUUCUUCUCUAUUUGAAUUGGCUGCUGCAGAAUUUCUUUCUGCAAAUUGUGGGAAAGAUGUGGAAUUUUAUUGAUUAUCCUCUUUUUGAAGAGUACUACUUACUCUCUUCUCAUACAAAGUGAAGAAGCAGGAUUUUUAUUAUGAACAACUUUUUAUGGACUUUUGGGAAAGAAGCCCAAAUCACUUCAAGGCAAAGGCAUGCUGUUAACUCUCCCACAAAAGUAAUUUAUGUUUUGAUUCAAUAAGGAUAAUGAGAAAACAUAACUUUGAUUAACCUGUCAAUUCCAAUUUAGAUUCAAAAAAGAAAAGAAAUUAAUUAUAUGCUAACAGGCCAGCAUUAGAUAUGGCAGUAACUGUUGAACUAACUCUUUUUGCUAAAAUAAUGUCUUUUUUUAAAAUGUAAAUAAGAUAAUCUCCUUGUAUAUAAUGCAAUACAAAGUUUUAUAUCAUACAUGAAAAAAUAACUUUAGGCAUUUGUUUGUUAAGUGUUCAAAGUUUUAGAAUUUACUUUUUUUCAUAUUGUGUGAAAAAAAAAUUUCCACUAAUUUAAUAUGUCAUUUUUUUUUUAUUCUAUCUUGCUAAAAAUUGCAGUAAUAAAAAUUCCAUUAUUAAAUACAUUCUUAUAUUAAAUAUGUAUGAUUGCAUUAUGUUUUAAAUGUCAUGAUGAUAGUUUAUAGCAAUAUUGCUUUGGAAAUUCGACUGCAUAUAAUAUUGACAUGAAUGAUAUUUGGCAGCAUUGAAGGUUGUGUUAAGCAUUACUCUAUUUAUUUCACUGAAAGAAUUCCUUUGUUUUUGAAAAAUAGAAAAGCAAAUUUCGAAGAAUAAAUGUAUAAAAGAUUUAUUUUAAAUAUUAUCUUUUGGUUUGUCCAAGACAAUAUUUGUGGUACUUGGUUUAACAAAUGAAAGAUAUUAAUUAUCGGUUUGAGUACAUAUUUAUGUAUUUUUAUUCUUGAAAUUUAUGAAAAUAAGUCACUCUUCACACCAAUUUAGUAAUGGUGCAUUUUAUUAUCUCAUCCACUAUUUUAUGGUCAAUAUUAAUUAUUGAUGUCUUACAGAAUUGAUUUAAAUCUUAGAUAAUUGAAAAUUUUGCAUGAUUUUCGAUAUAAAUUAUAUUACAUGAUUCUCAUCUGCUUUGGGAAGAAAUGCCCUGUUUUUGAUUACAGAUAAAAUAUUUUCUUUAUGCAUGCUAGUAAAAAUUGUAUAGAUAAAUUUGGAUUCAAUUUAAUUCAAUUAAACAUAAUUCUAGAUGUGUGAGCUUUAUUCUAAAAUUAUAUUUCAUUUUUUUUAUUGCUCAUGGCUUUUUUUAAACUAUGUUUUUUGUGCUGCAAUUUUUUAAAUUUUAAAGGAAUGUAUGAUUUUUUUUCCUCUUUUUAAUGGGAUAUAUGUUUUUAUACUAAUUUGAUAACUAGUAUAAUAAUCAUUUGAUUAUGUAAGUAUAAUAUUUUUUAAUGGAAUUUUAAAAUAUUUAUUUGUUUAGUAUUAAGAGAUUCUUUUCACUGAGUCAAACAUACAGAGAUUUCACUCUCAUACUGCUGUGGUUUGAAAUAAGGUUUGUUUUGAGACCUAAAGUUUUCAGUUUUUAAAUUCAGUUCCAAAGAAUUAUUUGAAAACAUGUGUGAUGUAUGUAAAUAUAUUGGAUACAAUAGUCUUGCUGAUGUGCUAUGAAAAUUUUGAGAAUGAUUCUGACUCUAAUAACAACCUUGUUAUAUAAUCCUGCUGUUGUGUGUGGGUCCAUUUCGACACAAAAGCUACUUAAUUUUGUAAUUAAAUUAAAAUUAGCAUGGAUAUUAUGCUGCAUAUUUAUAAAUGUGGUCAAGAUUUAUUCUGUAAAAUAUGUUAGUAUUUUGUUGUGAUUGCAAUAUAAGCUUAUUUGUCAAAAGAAAAAAAUAAAAUGUUU